GUCUCUUCUAGGAAAGUCUUUAGCUUUGAGAACCUCUGGGAUACCAACGAUGUUGGUUUUGAAUGAUAUUCCAGAGCUGGACUCCUAGAAGAGCGAUAUUGUAUUCAUGCAAACUUCUAAAGCCUAUCUCUCCCUACUUCUUUGGGUGGCUUUUAACUCCUACCAACUUAGCCAAUGGGUUCUGCAAUUUAUGUUCUUCUGAAACAACCGAAAGUUUGAGAGCAAACUUUGGAUUUCUUGUAUAACUGAUACAUAAACAAAACAAAACAAAAAAUUGCAUGGCAUAGGUAGUCUGGGCUUGAGCGACUGUCUUGAUAAGAUCUUCUUUCUCUCCAUAGGAUAUAGUUUCUUCUUCCAAAGUUUCACCUUCUUUCGCACCCCAUUCACUAGAUAGCUAAACACAACCUUCUUUUGUCUCCCAACCACAAUCGGCAACCCAAGUUAUUUUGCAUGAAAGUCCAUUGUUUUCAUUCCAAGAUAUUUUGCAUGGAGAUCUAAUGAGAUUUAUCAUUUGAGGCAACCUAUAAAAGUUUCAGGGCCACAGAUAUAAACCCCAUCAUCAUAUAUGUUGGCAAGUCAAUUAAGGGCUUGUUUUCUUGUUGGAUUUGAAAAUGAGAGUUUUGAGUUUUAAAAACCUUUGGAUUCAUGAUACAAAUUAAUAUUUAAUUUUAUUUAUAUUUUUUAUUGAAUAAGCUUAAUAAAUUUUCUGGAUCCGCCAUUCCCAAAUCCCACGAGCAAACGAUACCUAAAUAAACCUUCAUAGUUUAGUGACCUCUUUGUUACGAGCUCGAUAAUUUGGAGACCAUUAAGUAGCGGAAUAUUUGGGGGACCAAUUAAGCAAUUUUACCUUGUAUAUCUCUUUUGCACGAGAACCUAAAUUUCGACGCGCCAACACGCGCCUCCUUUCCUCUGUAACCCCUUCUCCAUGCUAGUAGACGACAGUCGACAGAAACCAUGACAGCAGCGUCAGGGGCUGAGGCUAUAAAGGAAACCCGCCUUCGCCCAAUUUUUCAUUUCUCGCCUGUCCCUUUUUGUUACUACGAUAAAACAGAAGACCCAACAAACACCACUCCCUUUCCCUUCUUCCAUCGAGUGCGUCGCUGCCGUCGAAGAGAAAGAGCUUUUCGCCCUUUCCUUUCCUUCUCUUCCCCCAUCGAUUCCCACUCCAAAUCUGCGACGCACCCAUCUAGUUUUGAGCCAUCCCCUCUGAGAAAUUUUUUACUUUCUUCCUUCUUCUGCUGUUGACAUCGUACUUUGUCUCUUCUGUUAAUGGCAUUGCGUUCCAUCGAGCGGGUUUCUGUCUCUUCUCUUGUUUUCUCCAUCGAGCGUAUUUGUUGAAAUCUGGAAACGACGACCCCGACCCAGUUGCUUUCCUGAUCUUUUGGCUGUUCUGGGCCAGCCAGGUAUGGCUUGUUUCUUUUUCUCGGAAAGUUUUCAGCCUUGUUGUUUUUCGCCUUCCUUAUUGGCCCUCUGUCCUGUUUGGGAAAUUUUGAUUGGGAGUUGCGAUAUGGGUGAUCUGUUGAGGCAAUUUCAGGGUUAAGUUAUUGAUGUUAUGGUUCCCAGCCGAGUGGGGUUCCUGAUGUUUGAUUGAUGGCUGAGUUUGGCCAAAUCUGCCGCUCUUCCCUUUACCUAACGUUUAUUAUUUGCUGAUCUGACUGACGGAAAGCACCCCUUUUUUAGGGUUUGGGAUGCUUUAAAAGCUACGAGAUGGGGUUGUUGUGUUAGCAGUGAGGACACUAAACUGUUCUUGGAUCAUUAGAAAAGGAUUUCUCUAUCUCCCUUUUGUUGUUUCAUUUCUACUUUCAAUCUUGAUCCGAAAUGCGAGCCCCCUUCAGCUCUGGUGUGGCUAUUUGGUGCGAUUUAUCUUGUUGAUUUCAAAUUGCCUCAAGGUUUCGGAUGAAAAGGUUGCUUUCUAUUGCUGGUGACUCUCAUGUUUGAUUCACAGUUCAUUGGAUUCUUGUUUGUGAUUGCUUUGAUGUGUGUAUCUUAUUAUCAUUGAUCUCUGCUGUCGCUGCAAAUCUUAAAAAUUUCUCUUCUGUCAGGAAAAGAUUGGUUCUUUUUGCUGUCCAUAGUAUCAAAUAUAGAUAGCCUUGAUUCUUGGAUAAACGGUUGAUAGACUAACUUGAGUUACCGGGAAGCUAUUGACAAGUUCUUUUCUGAAGUAGACAUAAUCAGUGAGCUGUGUAUGUGAUAUGCAUACCGAUCGCAUCAGAACUGAACUUGGAGCACGUCUUGAGUUUUAAGGCAUUUUCAUUUGAGAUUAUGUAUAUUGGUAGAAUAUCCAUAUUGUUUGGUUGUAAAAUGCUUCUAGAUGUGAAGUUUAUUCCUUCCCCCGAUCCAUCAGUUCAGUAUAAUCUGAUAAGGCGAUUCUUCCUUUUGCGUCCUAGAAACUGAGGGUUAUUUCGUAUUCUAUUACCGAUCUGAUUAUUCGUCCGUUAAGCAUUUCAAGCCCAUUUCAUAUUAUAGUUUGUGGUGUCUUGUACAAAUGAGUGAAUCUAUGGUGCUUUCUUCUCUGUUUGUUUACCAGAUCAGCUAUAUGAAUAUGUACUAAAGAUGAAGGGAGAAGCAUCAUGGGUCAACGAUUUCACUGAUGUUGUUGUUAGAGAUGCUAGUCAUCUCAAUUCAUUCUCUGACCUCAAUGAUGAUGAUGGAAACAAAGACGUCAAUGCAGUUUCUGUGGAUCUAAUAUUGCCUGAUGAUCUAUUGGAAAGAAUCUUGGCAUAUCUCCCCACUGCAAGCAUCUUCAGGGCAGGUUCUGUGUCUAAAAGAUGGCAUGAGAUUGUGACUUCUAGGAGGUUCUUGUGGAACUUGUCUCAUGUAACUUCACGAAAGCCUUGGUACUUUAUGUUCACGAGCUCUGACGAACCUGUCGGUUAUGCCUUUGAUCCAGUUCUUAGGAAAUGGCAUGGCAUUGAUCUACCUUGCAUCAGGACAUCCAAUUGGUUCAUCGCCUCCUCGUGCGGGUUGGUUUUCUUCAUGGACAAUGACAGUAGGAGCGAGUUGUAUGCUUGCAACCCAAUUACAAAAUGCUUCAGGAAGCUUGAAGACCCUCCUGGGUCAAGACUUUCUGACUACAGUGCACUUGCAGUCUCGGUGAACAGAGUGUCACACAACUAUACUGUCUCAAUUGUGAAGUCUAACCAAGUUCCCAGAGAUUUUCUCCAGUGGCAGCUAUCAAUAUAUACUUACAACUCUGAUAGGCGGAUGUGGAUGACUUCUUGGACAGAAGUUUUGACCGGGUGGAGGGGUGGUGAUGAGAGUGUUAUCUGCAAUGGCAAUUUAUAUGUCUUGAUUUAUUCAACUGGUGGUGGCUAUCCAGAAAACCGCCAUGGUCUUCUUGCUUACAGGCUUUCCGGUAGGUACUCACGUGAUGACAAGUUGAUCAAAGGUUUCAUUCCAGCUCCCUGUCCUCUAACAUGUGGACGACUGAUGAACUUGAAGGAUAAAUUGGUCAUGGUUGGAGGUAUUGGGAAGCAUGACAGGCCUGAUAUAAUUAAGGGGAUCGGGAUCUGGGUUCUUAAUGGGAGGGAGUGGCAAGAGAUCGCUCGUAUGCCCCACAAGUUUUUCCAAGGGUUUGGAGAGUUCGAUGAUGUCUUUGCGAGCAGUGGCACUGAUGAUCUUGUAUACAUCCAGAGUUAUGGGGGGCCGUCGCUGCUUGUUUUCAACUUGAACCAGAAACAGUGGAAGUGGUCCCAUAAGUGUCCAGUAACCAAGAGGUUCCCACUUCAACUCUUCACUGGUUUCUGUUUCGAACCUCGGCUCGAGAUUGCACCAUGAUAUAUGAUUUUGCGUUACCUAAAUCAUAUUUGCUUCUGGAUAUACCAGCUUGUUUUGUCUUCCUACCUUUCUCCUGUUUGUUUUGCCUGCCCUUUUCCCCCCCAGCAUUUGAAAACAGUUCCAGGAAGGGGGGAAAAAUGUCUUGACGGUUUUAGGCAGAGAAUGUAUCAGCAGGUAAAAGCUGCUUUGCUUGUUCAUGAAGAAAAUGGGGGACUACUAUUAUUCUUUUGCAUUGCAAAGAACAUACAUUGUUCCUUUUUAGCUUGAUUUUGUGUUGGUUCUUGCUGAUCUUAAUUUCAUAAGAGUUUCUUUCUAGUUUCUGACUGCUAAAUUCCUUCCGGGUCCGCCGCGGCUUUCACUGGGGGGAAAACUAGUAUGAUGAUGGAGAUUAGUGGUCAAUAGUGGUCACAGGCUACUUGUGAUGCUUUCCUUUGAAGUUAUUGUAUUGCACGUUGCUGCAUUAUGCUUAGACUACAAUUGUGUAGAAGUUGUAUAGCUGGUGGUGGAUCAGGGUUUUGCUUCAGAGGGACCAGCCGGCCGGGUAGGUUUGAAGAACAAGGAAAGUUGGGUGUUCAUUCUCUGUGUCAUGUGGCCUUGAGAUAAAUGCGGGAGCAACUGUUGUGUCUUUCCUUCUGGCUGCCUCCCAAUGAUUUGGUUGUCAAGUGGUCCCUCUCCCUUGUUAUAUCUGUCUAAAGAUGACCACCCCAAACCCUCUUUAUCCAUCUUCUCUAUAUUGGCAUUCUCUAAGACUUUAUAUAAAUUUAGUGGUGUGUAAAACUCAAGAUCAAACUCACAAUAACUGCGGUCCAAUAGUAAUAGACACCUUAGGACCAAAAAUUAGACCAACAAUACAUUUGGUUCGAUUUAAAUGUCAAUUCGAUCAUUUUUUCGUAUUUAUAAAAUUCAUGGACCAUUAGCAGUGCCAGAUUAUAUUUUGCUUCAACAUGGUCUGUGGAAAUCUUCUUCUACUCUUUAUUCUCCUCCGUGACAAUCUUUAUCCCUCUAAAUAACAAUGCAAUGAGGAAUUCUCUCCAAAUGUUCUUAAAUCGCCCCCCUCUAAAAGUUUAAUUGUUCUUCACUCUCACUCUCUCUUUCGUAAGUGUACAAUUGAGAGGAAGAACACAAAUCCUUAGCUAGAUCUAUCUUUUUAUCCUUUAUUUAGCCACCUCUCUUGAAUCUGGGACGACUUUGAAGCUCGAUUGAUGGAAAAUCUCUUAGAAAUACUCCAAGUGCAUCCUGUGUAUCUACUUAUCUCUCAUAUUAUGUUUGUCUCUCUAGAAUAUCUUCCUUUGUGAAAAAUCAUAUAUGAGUUUUUACACUUGUGUCGAGACUCCAGUGCACGGUAAAGAAGGUCAUAAUUAAGAUCUUUCAUGUUUUGAUCGUGAAUUCAAAAUUGGAAUAGUAGCACAACCACGUCACGAUCAUGACCUUUCCCAUGACCUGGUUCAAGACCAAAAUUCUUUCAUCGUCACAAUCGUAAUCUUCCCCUUAUGAAUGUGACCUUUUAUAAGUUUGUCUUAUUCUCGUCUCUCAAAUGACCAUUCGAACGACCCAAAACUUGCUACAAACCUUCCUUGGAAUGUUAGGACCUGAAAUAUGAUAAGAAUAGAAUCCAAAUGAGCAAACCAACCAAAUGGCCAAGAAAUUGUUGAAAUUGUG